CCACACCAUCCAACCAACCACUUAAUGAAAACGAGCGAGGGACGCAAGGGGGGAAAGUCUAAAACGAUGACUGUACCUGCAUUGUUUGGUGGGUUGGGUCCGACACGAUCCGUAACCUAAGAAUUAUUAACGGUCACAGUGGAAAACAAACCCAGAAACUGCCACAAAAUGGCCCUGUGAUACCUUCCAGCGAGUACAGUGCGAAAUAAAGACUUCGAGAUGUACAGCGUGUGCGUCGUGUUAGUUUGUUUACUGUCGGUGGUCGUCAUCGGCCAGUACGAAUGGCAGGACAGGGAUCCCUUCGACGAGGUGUCGCGCGCCAUGAAGGCCGUUAACAAAGACAAUUGCGAAAUUCAGCACCUGGGGGACCUCUACCUCCCCGACGCCUCGGUAUCGCAUCUGCCAGAUAUCAAAGAUGUCAACAUCAACCCGGUGUUCCCAAACAGAACGCAGCUACUGCACCUGCACAACAUGGCACUGAACAGGGCCUUCUUCUGGUCCUACAUCUUGCAGAGCAGGUUCAUCCGUCCGGCCAUCAACGAUACCUACGACCCCGGCAUGAUGUACUACUUCCUGUCCACGGUGGCCGACGUAUCGACCAACAAGCACAUAAACGCUAGUGCGAUCUACUUCUCCCCCAACAUGUCGUACUCCAGCUCCUACCGAGGGUUCUUCAACAAGACUUUUCCCUUGUUCGCACCGAGAACCUUCAGAGCUGACGAUUUCAACGAUCCGAUCCAUUUGGAAAGAAUCUCCACUCUCAAUACGUUCACAGUUCACGAUCUGGGGGCUGUACCGCCCGAUACCAGCAGCGAUUACACGUCAGAUUACUAUCGGAUAAACGAAUGGUACAAGAAGUGGUUGCCUGAUCACGUAGACAGGAGGCACGAUACGAAAACUACGUAUCAGGUGGAGAUUAGGUACGCCAACAAUACAAAUGAAACGUUUACCUUUCACGGGCCGCCAGGAGCCGACGAAAUUCCUGGACCCGUUAUGUGGACGAGGCCCUACUUCGAUUGCGGAAGGUCGAACCGAUGGCUGGUAGCUGCCGUGGUACCCAUCGCUGAUAUUUAUCCGAGGCACACAGGGUUUAGGCAUAUAGAGUACCCUACGUAUACUGCUGCAGCUGUGGUAGAGAUGGACUUUGAGCGGAUAGACAUAAACCAGUGCCCGCCGGGAAUGGGAAAUAACGGCCCCAAUAUCUUUUCCGACACGGCUAGGUGUAAGAAGGAGACUACCGAGUGCGAACCGCUGCACGGUUGGGGCUUUCGUCGAGGAGCCUAUCAGUGUCGGUGUAGGCCUGGUUUUAGGUUGCCGUUACAAACGAGGAGGCCGUUUUUAGGGGAGCUCGUCGAACGGGCCACAGCCGAACAAUACUACAACGGAUUCGAUUGUUUGAAAAUCGGAUGGAUCCAGAAACUGCCCGUGCAAUGGGAGAAAGCCCCGCCUUACCUACGGAACAUGUACUUGGACCGAUACCGGGAAUACCUAAAUCAAACCACCGGGCCGGCAAACUUCAACCAACACAAACUCAACAUCCACCGCACUCUCGACUUCAUCCUGGGCAUGAACAAAAACAACUGCAUACACUACAAACCCGAGGAACUAAGGCUGCACGGGGGCGUUAUGUACGGAGCCGAAGAAUUCUUCGAGAACGAAGCCAAAAUGGCCUUGAGAUUGGCCAACUUUAUAAGCGCCUUCCUACAAGUCUCCGAUCCUAAGGAAGUUUAUUCCGGAAAGAGGGUGGCAGACAAACCACUCACGGAGGAUCAAAUGAUCGGAGAGACCUUGGCUUUGGUCUUGGGCAACAGUAAGAUUUGGUCGGCGGGCACUUACUGGGAACGGAACAAAUUUACGAAUAGAACCUUGUUUGCCCCCUACGCUUACAAGAGGAUUCUCAACACGAGGACUUUCCACGUGGAAGAUCUGGCGAGGCUGAACAAAUCCGAAGAGGUGUAUUUAAACAAACCGUGGUUCAAGUUCUUGAAAUACCGGUGGGCGUCCAAUUUUGACAACUUGGAAAAGUUCUGGAUGAAAAUAAAGAUCAGGUUUAAUGAGACGGGUGAGAAUAUGAAGAAAUACGAACGAUACCCCAAUUAUUACUACGGGGCGAAGUUGGAGCACGGGCAUUGGACGGCUCCAUAUUUCGACUGCCACGGCAAAGUCCCCAUGUGGAAGGUGAAGUACGUGGCCCCGUUCUUCGGGUGGGACAGCCUCAAAGUAAAGCUUAAAUUCAAGGGUGUAGUAGCAGUAACGAUGGACUUACUAAAACUGGACAUUAAUCAGUGCCCUGACGAUUACUACGUAGCCAAUGCUUUCAAGAAUACAAACAAGUGUGACCAGAAAACGUCAUACUGCGUUCCUAUCCUCGGUAGAGGUUUCGAGACGGGCGGGUAUAAAUGCGAGUGCAAGCAAGGCUUCGAAUACCCGUUCGAGGACCCUAUCACCUACUACGAUGGUCAACUGGUCGAGGCGGAAUUCAGCAACCUAGUUGACAACAACGAAACCCGUUUCGACAUGUUCAAAUGCCGCUUGGCCGGUGCCAGCAGCGUACAGGCUAGUAUAUGGAUGACGAUUAUUUUGGUCUUUGUUUGUUUUGGGAUUUACGGUCCUAGAUAAAUCUCUUUUUUUGUUUGUAACUGUUAGAUCUGAUGUGCAAGGCCUUGACAAAGAAUUAGUGCCUUGAAUACUCUAUAUGUUUUACAAACCGUCCAAAAAUGUACUAUUUUAUAUGUAAUUUACUUAUUUUUUAUAUGUUUUUUUUUAACUAUUUUGACAAGAGUCGAAAAUAUUUUGUUAAUCGUUUAUUUUUAUAAUUCGUAAUUAACUCUAAACAAUGGUUGUUAAGUCUAGAUGUAUAUUUUUUAUAUUGUUUCAAAGGCCGAGAUGCAAUUUUAUUUUAAAUUCUUAUUUUCCAGUAGUUACUUAUUACUGAUGUGUACAAAAAUCUGUGUAUAUACUUAGCAGUGUGUUCAUUCUUAAUUCCAAAUAAUGAAAAAUAUAACAUUGUUGUACAACUUAGUCGUAGAUAAUUAUUAAUUCAUAUGAAUCAUGCUAGUUUAUUUUUACAUGACUUUUAUAAGGUAGCCAGUACGAAGAAAGAGAAGGAUCUAGCACAAAACUGUUACUUUCUAAUCAACUUUAAUUUAACCAUAAAUGGUUUAUUGUUGUUAUAUGUUCUCCGUCCAAUAUAAAAUUCAAAUUUUUACAUAUUUUUUUACUCUGUUAUGAAUGUAAUUGUAGUUAUAUUUAAAUAAAGACA